AUGUUCGAAGAUCUUUUUUAUGGUCUGGCCAAGGGCACAGUUGUGUUUUUCCUGGUCUUUGUAGCCUAUUUAAUAAACUUACUUAUCCUACAGCCUCUGAAGUUUAGGAAGAAGUUCAGCAAAUACUCUAAUGUAUACAUUUCAGAGAAGUUUAAUCCCCUGGUUGGAGAUAUGAACCAUGAGGUACAAUGUGUUAAUGAGGGCAAAGUUCAUUAUGCCCAUUAUGCAAAAAGAGCACAUAUUCUAGCUAAAUACGACCUGCAGGCAAAACUAGAAGGUAUCGAGCCUGUCAUUAUGAUUAUCAGUGAUAAGGCUUGCAAACAAUUCUGCAGUUUCAUGCCUAGAUCAAUAGAUAGAAUCAAUGCUGAGAAAGGCAUUAAUGUUUUACUACAACAUUCUCUGAUCGUUGACAGGAGUGAUAAAAGAACCAUGGCAAGGAGAAAGAACUUCUCUUCAUGGAUUGGACUCAAUUCUGCCUCGAAGUAUAUCCCUAGGACUGUUGGAUUCUGUCAAGAUAUGCUGGAAGCUAUGACUACAGAAGGCAAAACUGAUCUACUGAAACAUUUGAACAAACUAACCUUUGAUGUAUUCACCAAAAUAUUAUUUGGAAAUGAUGUCGAUACUCUUGUCGCAAGGCUGUAUCCAUAUGAGAACCCAGAUGGACAGAUAGAAGAAAUAGGCUUGGGUGAGUACGUAAUCAGACUUGCAGCCAGAUACGCUGAUCAACUAUAUAAUCCGGUCACUUUCAUUUUCCCUUUUUUCGCUAAAAGAAAAUUGAUGAAUCCUUAUAAAAGAGAUAAUAGAAAUCUUCAGACUUUCAGAGCUGCUUUGCGUAACAUCAUCUCAACAUCUAAAGACGAGAAUACUAUUGGUAAGAAGUUCUAUUACUCACCAGGGUUAAGUGAGGAUGAGGGACUGGAUGACCUCUUCUUGGUCAUGGGAGCAGGCUCAGAAACUACCGCUCAUUCUAUGGCUUCUUGCUUGUACUAUUUAAACAAGUACCCAGAAUGUCAUGAAAAACUCAUCAAAGAUCUCACCAGAUGUGGAUUUACCAAAGGUUGUGACUAUGAGAAGCAAUAUAAUCUCGAUAAUAUCCAAGAAUGUAGCUAUCUCAACUACGUUGUUAAGGAGACUUUCAGAAUGGAUUCAGUAGUUCCAGGUGGCUCAGAAUACGGAGCGAGCGAAGACAUUGAAAUCUGUGGAGUACCAAUUCCUAAAGGGACCAAGGUCAAGCUAGACCUCAUAUCCAACCACUUUUCAGAUGAUAAAUGGCUUGAGCCCUUUGAGUUUGUUCCUGAGAGACAUGACAUCGAGUCGGAUUUCUAUGAGAGAUCCAGAAAGGCAGGGAAGGUCGAAGAUGCCUACUCAAGGAGAGCCUUUAGUCAUGGUCAAAGGAACUGUCCUGGGCAAUCUUUCGCCAAUAUGCAGUUGAAAGUAGUCAUGGCUUUCUUGGUUUCACACAUGAAUUUCAAAUUUGACAAGGAGGAUCUCGAAAAAGAUGGAAUUGGAUUUGGAUUGGGCUCUCAGUUCAAGCCACAGGUCAAUGUUUCAAAGAUAUAAGCAGCUUGAUUUCAUUAUUCAAGGAGAAAUUAUAAAAU